AUGCGUGGUGUCACAUCUAUCAUUCUUUUUCGAACCUUACAAUUCCUACAAUAUUUUAAAUUCUUUUUCCUACUUAAUUUACAAGUGUUCUUUCCUUCAUUCCUUCCUUCUUUCCUUUCUUCCUUCCUUUCUUCCGUCCUUCCUUCCUGUCUUCCUUUCUUUCUUCCAUCCUUCCUGUCAUCCUUCUUUUCUUACUUCAUUUCUUCCUUCCUUCUUUUUUUUUUCUUCCUUCCAUCCUUCCUGCCACCCUUCCUUUCUUUCUUCCUUUCUUUCUCCCUUUCUUCUUUCCCGCUUUCCUUCCUUCCAUUCUUCCUUCCUUUCUUCCGUCCUUCCUUCCUUUCUUCCGUCCUUCCUUCCUGUCUUCCUUCCUUAUUUCCUUCCUUCCAUUCUUCCUUCCUUCCUUUCUUCCUUCAAUUGUUCCUUCCUUCUUUCCUUUCUUCCUUCCUUUCUUCCAUCCUUCCUGUCAUCCUUCCUUUCUUUCUUCCUUUCUUCCUCCCUUUCUUCUUUCCCUCCUUCCUUCCGUUUUUACUUCCUUUCGUCCUUCCUUUCUUCCUUCCUUCUUUCCUUUCUUCAUUCCUUUCUUCCAUCCUUUCUUGUCAUCCUUCCUUUCUUCCUUCCUUUCUUCCUCCCUUUCUUCUUUCCCUCCUUCCUUCCUUCUUUCUUUUCUUCCUUCCUUUCUUCCUGCCUUCCUUCUUUCCUUCCUUUCUUUAA